UCAGCGUCCCGCCCGGAGCCAGAGCCGGAGCCACCGCCAUGAAGGACGUGCCGGGUUUCCUUCAGCAGAGCCAGAGCGCCGAGCCCGACCAGGCCGCCGUGUGGCACCGCCUCGAGGAGCUCUACACCAAAAAGCUGUGGCACCAGCUCACGCUCCAGAUUCUGGACUUCGUGCAGGACCCCUGCUUCGCCCAAGGCGACGGGCUCAUCCGGCUCUAUGAAAACUUCAUCAGCGAGUUCGAGCACAGGGUGAACCCUCUGUCCUUGGUGGAGAUCAUCCUCCACGUGGUGAGGCAGAUGACAGACCCGAACGUCGCGCUGACCUUUCUGGAAAAGACGCGUGAAAAGGUGAAAAGCAGCGACGAGGCAGUGAUCUUGUGCAAGACGGCCAUUGGGGCUCUGAAGCUGAACAUCGGCGACCUGCAGGUGACCAAGGAGACCAUCGAGGAUGUCGAGGAGAUGCUGCACAACCUCCCCGGCGUGACCUCCGUGCACAGCCGCUUCUACGACCUCUCGAGCAAGUACUACCAGACCAUCGGCAACCACGCGGCCUACUACAAGGACGCGCUGCGCUUCCUGGGCUGCAUCGACGUGAAGGACCUGCCGGUGUCCGAGCAGCAGGAGAGAGCCUUCACGCUGGGCCUGGCGGGACUUCUCGGCGAAGGCGUCUACAACUUUGGGGAGCUGCUCAUGCACCCCGUGCUGGACUCCCUGAGGAACACGGACCGCCAGUGGCUCAUCGACACGCUCUACGCCUUCAACAGCGGCAACGUGGAGAGAUUCCAGACCCUGAAGCCGGCCUGGGGCCAGCAGCCCGAUCUGGCCGCCAACGAAGUGCUGCUGCUGCAGAAGAUCCAGCUGCUGUGCCUCAUGGAGAUGACCUUCACGCGUCCGGCCAACCACCGGCAGCUGACCUUUGAGGAGAUCGCCCAGAGCGCCAAGGUGAAGGUGAACGAGGUGGAGCUGCUGGUGAUGAAGGCCCUUUCGGUGGGUCUGGUGAAGGGCAGCAUCGAUGAGGUGGACAAGCGCGUCCACAUGACCUGGGUCCAGCCUCGGGUGCUGGAUGUGCAGCAGAUCAAGGGCAUGAAGGACCGCCUGGAGUUCUGGUGCACCGACGUGAAGAGCAUGGAGAUGCUGGUGGAGCACCAGGCCCACGACAUCCUGACCUAGGCCGCCCCCCCCCUGUGCCCCCCCCUGUGCCCCCCGCGGCGAGAACCCUGCUCCAAUAAAGGCCCGCCCCGGGCGGGGGUCACAGAGGCGCCGA